UCCCAAUCUACAAUGCCAACCAUUGGACAGUCAUGGCGUGCGAUUCAGAAAGUGGGAAUUGGAAACAUUACAACUCGAUGCGGCCAAGACGUGGAGUGCGCGAUGAGCACUACAAUGAGGCUCUAAAAGUGAAACAAUGGGUGGCUGAUCACCACAACAAAUUUGUGAAGCCUCGAGUUACACCUACAGCUGUUGGCGCACAGCUGUUUGAUGGCAGUUUUGUAUCUGUUGUGGAUUGCCCACAACAAGUUCCAGAGUCGUCGGAUUGUGGGAUUUUCGUGUGCUUCAUAAUCAGGCAGUACAUUCGUGGUGCAGAAGUGAAUACUUCGAUGGAUGGGCUGACCCCAACUGGGCUACGAGCUGCAAUGGUGGAAAUGUUCUUAAGUGACCCGGGCAGUGGACUCCGUGGGAGGACAUUAUAACAAGUUGAGAAGACAUUUCCCAGUGCGCAAGUUGCAACAACAGCAUUAGGAUGUUUUAUUCUGUUUUUCCCGUAUCGGCGUAUAUAAUGUUUUGUUAGUCUGGAAACACAUAAAAGUAGGACGCAAAAACUAGUUUCAUAUACGUUACUUUUUUGGUAAUGCAGAAGUGGCAAACGGUUUAAUCUUGGGUUAGGAUCCAGUAUUUUGUGGAUAUGAAUGUUGAUAUUAUUUAGUAAGCUA